AAGUCUCAAGCCAGGAGCCAUUUUGUGUUGGGUGUUGACGCGCUGGAUGCGGUUAGUUUAUGUUAUGGUUUAAACCGUAUUGUUUAGAGACAGCAGUGCUCUGGGCUACAGUGUAUUGUUUUAUUUAGCUACGUAAUCGCCAUAUUCUCCUAGAUUGGGCGCUUCUAGAUUGUAGAGAGCGGAGGAGUUUCUGCGUUGGAGUGAAAUCCAGUUUAGCUAGUGAGCUAAUUAGCUUAGCUUAGCGUAGCUUAGCUGUGAUAGCGGGCGCUGACGGCGCCUCAAAAUGGCGACAAACGCGGCGAAGCAGGCCUCGACUCCCGGCUGGUCAUAUGGAAACACUUCCGGCAGUGACGCUCCGGUACACGAAAACCCAGAGUGGGAGAAAGCCAGACAGGCUCUGGCCUCCAUUAGCAAAAGCCAGAACUCUACCAAGACCUCACCAACCAACCGCACCACUGCACAGGCUGGACAGUACCAGACUUCAGUGACUGACUCUUCUGCAAUGCAACAACAACAACAACAGCAGCAGCAGCAGCAACAACAGUACUAUCAGUGGUAUCAACAGAACCAACAACAGUACCCAGGAUAUGCAUACCCUUACUACAACUAUUACCAAAUGCCUCCGUAUGGAGGGGGAUAUCCCCCAGCUCAAUAUGGAGUUCCUGGAUCCUACCCACCACCAACACCCCCUGCAGGACAGCCUCCAGGUAUGCCCAUGAUGGAGGACCAGUCUUCCAAUUACUCCUCUGAAUCCCAGCCACCACCCCCUGCUGUUCCCCAACCCCCCCCACAGAGCCCCACCUCCUCUGAUCAGCCCCCACCCCCUCCUCCUCCUCCUUCUAUACCCCCUCCACCUAAUGCCCAGUACCCCCCACCUCCCUCCCAAACCCCUUACAACCCAAACGGUGCCUUACCCUACAGUCCCACUGACUCCAACCCACCGAGAGGCUAUAAUCAUGGGCCCAGACCAAACUACCAAGGUUACCAGCCUCCUGGUUACCAUCCCCACCACCACCACCCGCAGCAGCAGCAGGGUCCAGGGCAGGGUCCUUACGGAGGGGUCGGCAGGGGAGACGGCAACAAGAAGCUCAACAAUGCAAACAUGAAUAAAGGUGGUCAGCAGUUGUGGAAUCGCAUGAAACAGGCUCCUGGGAGCGGCGCUGUAAAGUUCAACAUCCCGAAACGCCCAUGUGUGAUGAGCAAUCAGAACUUUCCCCCUGGUGAGCAGCCACCUGGAAUGGCUAACCCCACGUCAACAGCAGCAACAACCACAGCCUCUGCUGCUGCAACAGCUACCACGGCAGGAGCUGCUCAGACUGGCCCUCAGGAUUGGCCUCAGGCCAUGAAGGAAUAUGUGCAGCGGUGCUUUACAGCGUGCGAGUCGGAGGAAGACAAAGACCGCACAGAGAAGGUGUUGAAGGACAUUCUGCAGAGUAGACUACAAGAUGGCUCAGCUUUCACUAUUGACUGGACCAGAGAACCACUGCCAGAGUUGAAGCCCAGACAGUCUCGAUGGGAGGCUGUUUCUCAGCGCUCUCAGGAAAACGCAGUUGGUCGAGGUGGAGCCACCCGUGGCAGGGGCGGAGCUCGGCUGGGUAACUACAGAAACGUGUUCUCACAGAGAAGCCCCUCUUCCAGCUCGUCCCGCUCCUCAUCACGGUCACCUUCUCCUCAUAACCGCCAUAGAGACAGGAGUAGACAUCGCCGCAGUGACUCUGGCUCCCAGUCAGAUAGCAGCAUGUCCAGUGAUCUCCGACCACUUUCUCGCCGGCAGCAGCGGGCAGGAAGAGGCAGAGGCGAAGACAGAGAGCGAGGAAGAGGAGGGGGACGAGGAAGAGGAAAAGCAAAUCGCGGACGCAGGAACAUGGAUGAACCUGGCAGUGCCAUUGGUAAGAAAAGGAAAGGAGGUAAUGCAGGCUUGGAUUUCCAUGAUCCAAACCGUGAGGCAAAGAAGCAGAGUCGUGCUGCACGUUUUCACACCAAACGCACUGAGCCACUGGUGCUGAACAUCAACUCCUUUGACCUUCCCAAUGGCACCCAGGAGGGACUCAGCUGGGAAGACUGCCCUAUAGUGGGAACUUGCCAGGACAUUACCAAAAACUACCUGCGCCUCACCUGUGCUCCUGAUCCUUCCACAGUCAGACCUGUUUCUGUGUUGCGAAAGUCUCUGGUUGCAGUGAAGGGUCACUGGAAGACUAAUCAGGAUUACCAGUAUGCCUGUGAGCAGAUGAAGUCAAUACGGCAGGAUCUCACUGUUCAAGGUGUAAGAACAGACUUUACAGUGGAGGUCUACGAGACUCAUGCACGAAUUGCACUGGAGAAGGGAGACCACGAGGAGUUUAACCAGUGCCAGACGCAGCUGAAGGCACUUUAUAAGGACUGCCCAUCGGACAACGUGGGAGAAUUUACUGCCUACAGACUACUGUACUACAUCUUCACUAAAAACUCUGGAGACUUGACCACCGAGUUGGUAUAUCUCACCCCUGAGCUCCGCGAGGAUGAUUGUGUGUCUCAUGCUCUCGCGCUCCGUGCUGCCUGGGCACUAGGAAACUACCACAAAUUCUUCCAGCUGUACAAACGAGCACCACGCAUGGCUGCAUACCUCAUAGACAAGUUUGUUGAGCGCGAGAGGAAGUUGGCGCUGGGGGCCAUUCUCAAAACGUUCAGGCCCUCUGUGCCGAUGGAGUAUGUGCAGUCCAGCCUGGCAUUCCCAUGUUUAGAUACAUGUUUAGCCUUUCUGACAGGGCUAGGGGUGACGUUCACACCUUCAGACCCCAGCAAGAUAGACUGCAAAACCAGCUCAGCUUGUCUGACCACCUCUUAGAAGGGAAAGGAGUUGAGGGGGGAGGGUACUUAGACGUUUUUAGGUUCAGACAUGAGGGACCAUAUAUCUGCACAACACAGCCAACCAAACUCAGAUAAAAUCUAAUUAAAAUACUUUGUACAGCAGUGAUUUAAACUUCUAUUUAUAUUCUUACAACUCUUAUAGAGCGUGACUUAAACACAGAAAUGGACUGUAAACGCACACACACAGCUGCUUAGUUGCCAGUGCCACAGUAUGAUUUUUGCUGAUUUUCACACACAUGAAAUUUCAGAUUUUUAAACAUUUAGAGAGAACCUACCUGCCCAAUACAAUUUAAACAAAAAAAAAAGCACUUUCAGAAAGUGUAAAGGCUAGGUCAGUGUGUCUAGGCUAAAUCAGACAGAAGAUUUUAGACAGCAGGGAGGUUCAGGAUGUCCCGUUUCCUGCCCCUCACAAAUCAUUUUGAAGCUAACAGUGUUGUGUGUUCUCAUGUUUUUUCUCUCCUCAAGCUGACAGCCUCAAAGCUCACACAAAGUGAAAAGUCCUGCAAACCAAAGAUGUCAAGAAGGAAAGGCCUGUUUACAGAAGUUUACAGUCUCCAUCCAAGCACCGACCAAGAAGCCUGCUUGGCUCUACGUGUUUCAAUGAACUUUGCCUACUUUUUUAAGAAGAGGAUGGUUUGUAUACCUGUUGCCUGCAUCAAAUGAAUGUCAUUGAAGCUUCGUUAGCAGUGGAGAGCGUGAUAUCUUCAAAGCCUUUCGUCCAAGUGAUCCCGUUAAACCUGGAUGUAUGGACUUGCAAAGCGUGCUUCUACAGGAUGGUGGCGUUCUCUGGAUAAAAGUUAGCAAUUCAAAGCCUCUUCAGCAAAUUCCCACACCUUUCCGCGUUUACCCCUAACCCUCAACCUACCCUCACCCACAUCACGUCAGUACACGCACACACCAGAAUCUGGCCUUUUAAUCCCAAUUCAGCAGUGAAAGAAUCGUAGCUCAAUGAAGUGGCUCCAACCAACAAGUGACUUUAGUUACAUGCAGCUAAACAAGCAGCUGACCUCAGCCCUACUUCUGCCACCACCUCUACAGUUCUGAAGUGUAUCUGAGUCAUAGGGCCCAUUAGCAAGACCACAAGCUGUUAUUCCAUGAAGAUGAGAUGUCCCUGAAAGAUCCCCAACAUCACGCCUGAAAGAUCCCCAACACCACGCCUGGAUGAUGCCCAACACCAUGCCUGGAUGAUGGAGCUGGCUGCAGUCAGUCAAGCAACCCAGCAAAACCCAGUUUGGCCUCUGCAGUGUGAGAAAUAAGUCCUGUUCCAAAGAUCUCCACUUGACGGCUGCCACCCCCACCUCCAUCUCUUUAUCUCUACAUUGGGUGGCCGCCUCAGCUGUUUCUGCUGAUCCUGUUCCUGCUCCUGUGGUCCAGUCAGGUUCUGGUAUGGGUUUGUAUUAUGUGGCCUUGCCUCAGUGUCCACUCCAAGCCUGAGUACGUAUGUAUGGCUGGUAAGAAAAAAGGGACUUGGCUGUUUCUGGAUGGAGCAAGAUUGAUCAGCAGAAGAUGUUUUACUGGCUUUUUUUAAGUUAGUUGAGUUAAUUUCACUGAAAUCUUUAGAUUAGUCAAGUAUGUUAUGUGACUUAUGUAAUCUGAUCCACUUGAUAUUUGGUGAAUGUGUCAGGAAUUGUUUUGAAAAGUUAUACUGUCAGGGUUUUGGUUUCCAUCUUAAAAUUGGAAUCUAGCAUAGAAUGAAUGCAGAUGAUGGCAGUAAAAGCCAAAAAUGUCCUAUUAAGAAACCUGGGAAGGUUAAAUUCAACUUGUGAAUUUUCUCUACUCUGUUUUUAACAUAAAAAGGCUGCAGGUGAUGAACCAUUUGAAGAUGCAAUGGAAAACAUUUUGGCCUAUCUUCAAAGUUUUUGUGUUAUUUGGUGGUUGAGAUGAAACCUUUAGACUAUUUUAGGCUAAAAUGUGGAAUUAAUGAUAUAUGAUAAUUAUACUGGCUUACAGUGAUGGUAAUAGGAUACGGGUGUUGUCAUUAUAACAGACAAACUAUAAUAAUGCUAAUAGGAGGCUCACAAACAUUUAAUUUAUUAUCCAAGCUGCCAAUAUUCAGACACCAGGUAGAUCCGAUUUGUUUGUUAAAGGAAAAAUUCUGUGUGUGAUGGACUUUUGGUGUAGCGAAACGUGAUGAUGAGAUUAAACUUGUCAUAGCCCGUCUCUGCUCAUUUCCAGCAUUCAGAAAUAAAUCCCUUUUAGUCUAUGCUUCCAACAGGCUUACAAUUGGUAGAAUUCUGAGGACCCUGACAUUUAAAACCAGACACUAAUAACUUUAAAAGUGCACAGGUAGAUUAUUAAAAAAUGCAGCUUCAGGUAGUUUUCCGGUGCCACCAUCAUGAAAUCAAAUCACAUUAAUUGAAAUACAUUAAUAAUAUAAAGUUAUUCCAGCUACAGCUGGAAAUUCAUGUAUUUCCACAAAUUUAAUUUUGCAAUCUGUCCCCAUAUCCUACCUAUUCGUUUGUUAUGGUCAAGCCAAUUAUUGUGACUUCAUUUCAAGAUGGCAGAACCUGUUUUUAAUAAACUAUCUGUGCACUUUUUUUCAGUGCCUUAUUUUAAAUGUCAGGGCCCUCAGAAUUCUACCGUGGAGCUACUUUGAGCUUAUUAAUGGUAUAAACAUGAUCAUUUCUUUGCAUAAAUAAUGCUGUGCCCCCAUCACUAGCACUGUAAGCCUGUUGGGAGCAUCAGCUAAAAGCGCUGUAUUUUUGUAAUGCUGGGGAUGAGUUUGUGUUUACUAUCAUGUUUCCCUACACCCCAAAUCCAUUUCCCACCAGACUUCUCCUUUAAAUCUGAUCUGAUCAGAUUAAAUUGCAUGUCCAGUAAUUAAAACAUUGAAUUUUGUGUUUGUGUGUUUUCUAGCCAGACUAUUUAAACAAAAUAAUCUAUUUGCAUGCAUUAUAUGCAGAUAUGCUCACCAAUCAGAUUUGGGCUGACUGUCUAAACAUAGCACACGUGACUUUUGAGUUUUGUAUCAAAUGUUGAUAAAUCUUGAUGGUAAAAUAUUGGCAAAAAUCUUCAGGGACUAGUUUUUAGCUUAUUUUUAGCUUAAAUAUCUCCCUUCCAUCUCGGGCAGCAGGUGUGUGUGUGAUGGUGGAAUGACUUAUGACAGAACUUUUAGAGGCAUAGUUACUUUUCAAUUUCACACCACUUCGAACUUUUGAAGUCUUAUUAUAUGUUUUUCUAGAACAUCAAACCACUCCGACAUCUCAACCAUCAUUUUAAUUAAGCAGAAACUUUGGAAAAGCAGUCUGUGUUUUGAGGUCUCUUUGUGUGUUUGCAGUAUUGGUCUACAUUGUACAUCUCCAGCAUCUGUGUUUGCAGAUUUCUAAUAUAACAGUAUUAGCAGCGGCGCUUGGUGUUGAGGUAUUGAGGCACAGCUCAAAUGUUUGUCAGGCAUUAAGGAAGAAAUGGUUCCAUGUUUGUAUCCGCAGGUAGUUUUCAGGUGUAGCACUGGCUUUCUAUGCUGAUGUAAAUAUUGUACAGAUUAUAUGAGCAGAUGGUAAGUGUAAAUCUAAUCCAGCCAGUUAAACUGGAUGAAAUUAAAUGCAUAUUUUGUGAUGUGAAUAUGUAAAAAUGUACAUUUGAUAGGCUACAUAGAUCUUGUUGUGUUUAGUAAUGAGAAGAAAAAUGCUAAUAUAAAAGGGUCAAAGUGGUAACUUUUGACGAUCCUAUUUUUCCACUUUCAGUCAAUUCACUAUUUGGUUAGUACCGUGUUCUGACAGCUUAUUUGCUUUGAUUUUUGGUGUGCUUUAAAGCUUCAGAUUAUUUUUGUUUGUUUGGGUUUUUUUGUGCCCAAUCUCCCUUUACGUUUUUGUAGCCUUGAAUUUAUUUUUGUGUAGGGUUUUUUCCUCACUCCUUUUACAUUUUCAGAGUUUCUCUCAUUUAACUUCAACUAAAUUUAGGACUUAUAACCAAAGCCUUGUGGCCACACAGCAUAAUUACAAAUAAUGUUUUCAUCAAGUCCCUAUUUGUCCUGAUUAGCAUCAUUAGAAUUUUGCUAAUGCUAACCUGGUGUUUUGUUCUGUUUAUUUGGAUGUCUGUUUCUGACUCUUCUUUUUCUUUGCUUUUUUUGAUUUUGUAGUUUAAUUUGAAGCAUUUGUUAGCGAUUUUUGUUUAUAGUGUUCAGAUUCUGAUUUGACCACAUUUUCCAUUUGAUUGCCUACUGUAAAGAAGCUCUUGUUUAUUAUGAAAUGGAAUUCUGAAUGUUUGUGUAAAACUGAGCCCUGUCCUCCUCCCCUUCUUGCUGUCUCUCCCUUUCUCUCAUAUAUUCUCGUUUGUCUCAUUACCAGAUCUCUCUUUUUUUUUGUCCUUGCAGUCAUGCAUAAUUGGAGCUAAGCAAGGGGUGGAAAAGAUGAUGAAAGAGAUGAGAGGAAACUGGUAUCCAGAGAUGAACUGGACGCUGGAAAGUUGGCACUGUGAGCCGUGAUGAGCUGAGCUAAAUCAUGAAAUGCUUUCUUAUGCCAGUAUUGAGCGUUUAAAGAGCGUUGUUUUAAACAUGUUUUUGUAAGGUUAUUUUCUGUUUUAAAGAAAAUACCACCCUGUUAUUGCCCUGUAAUGUCAAGAAAUGUCAAUAAGCGGCUCCUUGAGAUGAGUGAGUUUGUUCAGAUGUGUUCUGCUCCAUAUUACUGGUCCCAGUUACUGGGUAGUUGUGUGAUUUGAUUGGCCGUUUGGAGAUUGAGUAUUAGUGUGCGUGUUCUAGACUUUCUAGCAAUAUAUAUAAAUGGGUGCAGGGCACAUCUGAACAUAAUAGAUACAAGUUCACUGAAUUUCUGAAUGUAUGCCAUUUUGUUUAAAUUAAUGCUAAUGUUCACAUUAACAGUCAUUUUUAGUAUUUGUUUUUUUUUUCCUCUUUCUCCCCCCCCAGUUUUCCCUCUGAAAAUGUUUAAUAUUUUGUUCUGCCAUAUUGCCAGUAGCUAAUUGUACUGUUUUUCCAGCUUGUUUGAAUUCCUCUAAUUCCCCAUCACUCCUUUUUUUUUUUUUUUAUUGUGGCUUGUGCUUUCCCUGCCUUAUCUGACUGCUUACCAUUCUUUAGUACCUUUCAUAGUAUUUUUUUUUUGCGCUUUUUAAAAUGCCUUUUCUUCCCUACACACUAAGUUUUCUUUACUAUUUUCUUUCAUUUAUUCUUUUCAGUCUUUCUCUGUCCUUUCCUUUCUUCUCAUUCUGUCCAUCUUUCUUUUCUCUCUUUUUCUCUCUCCACCCCUCUCCCACAUCUGUGUGUGUGUGUGUGUGUGUGAGAUAAGAUGACUCUGUAAUGGUUGUGAUGGCUGUAUAUGUGGUCUAAGCUUGUGCCGUAAGUAUUCCUGCAGCAGCGGCUUUCGCUCCUCUGCCUUCUCUUCCAGCUCUAACAUCCUAAUGUCAACCCCUCCCCCCUUCCCUGCUCCAUAUCACAUUAGGAUCUGUGAUCAAUAAAGAUCUAUAUUUGUAUAUUCUUGUGUACAUACUGAACUUGCUCUUGAGAACAUAAUAAUAAAUAGAGAUCAUUCAAUA